UUUUGUCCACCAACAAAGUCUUCCGUCCUUCCAUUCUAUUCCAUCCUUCCUUCUUAACCACCAAACAAACAGGCUUUUGGACAGGCCAAGCUAGUCCUCCUUUGACUCAUUUCCUACUACCACUAGCUACUUCCUUCCGACAAUAGGAUUCCCGACGUGGCUCCACUUCCAACCCCCACCCGCGCUUGCUUGCUUGAUUGAUUUGCGGUUCAUUUCUGAGGCCGUACGGCGGCACAGAUCGAUAUAGAUAGAUAGAUAGAUAGAUAGAUCGGAGAAGAUACCUCCGUGGCGCGUGAUGAACACGAGCACCAAUCUGACAGAGGCAUACAGUGCACGGCUGCCGGCAGUCCCACCGUGGCUGAACAAAGGCGACAACGCUUGGCAGUUGACGGCGGCUACGCUGGUUGGACUCCAGUCCAUGCCGGGGCUUGUUGUCCUCUACGCCAGCAUAGUGAAGAAGAAGUGGGCUGUCAACUCUGCCUUCAUGGCGCUCUACGCCUUCGCCGCCGUCUUAAUCUGCUGGGUCGUCCUCUGCUUCCGCCUCGCUUUCGGAGACGAGCUGUUGCCUUUCUGGGGCAAGGGCGCCCCAGCCCUCUCCCAGAAGUAUCUAACUGGACGGGCGGGCGUGCCGGAAAGCACCCACUUGUACUCAAACGGCACAGUGGAGACGCCCAAGAACCAACCGCAGUUCCCGAUGGCUUCCCUUGUGUAUUUCCAGUUCACAUUUGCAGCGAUAACGACGAUUUUGCUUGCGGGUUCGGUGUUGGGGAGGAUGAAUAUCAAGGCCUGGAUGGCGUUCGUCCCCCUUUGGUUGACUUUCUGUUAUACGGUAGGCGCAUACAGUCUUUGGGGCGGCGGCUUUCUCUACCACUGGGGGGUCAUUGAUUAUUCCGGCGGCUACGUCAUCCACCUCGCCUCCGGGAUAUCCGGUUUCACAGCCGCCUAUUGGGUGGGCCCAAGGCUGAAAGCCGACAGGGAAAGAUAUGUGCCCAACAACAUAUUGCUGAUGCUCGCGGGAGCGGGGCUGUUAUGGAUGGGGUGGUCCGGGUUCAACGGCGGCGCUCCCUAUGCUGCAAACUUGGUUUCAUCAGUAGCAGUUCUCAACACCAACAUAUCGGGCGCAACCAGUCUUCUUGUGUGGACGUCACUUGAUGUAUUCUACUUUGGGAAGCCAUCCGUGAUUGGGGCUGUGCAGGGGAUGAUCACUGGCCUCGCCUGCAUCACGCCUGGUGCAGGUCUGGUGCAAUCGUGGGCGGCUAUCAUCUACGGAGUGCUGUCUGGCAGCAUUCCAUGGUACUCAAUGAUGAUCCUUCACAAAAAGUCCACUUUGCUACAAAAGGUUGAUGAUACACUGGCGGUGUUCUACACACACGCGGUGGCGGGGAUUUUGGGCGGGCUUUUGACUGGGCUAUUUGCGCACCCCAGCCUCUGCUCCAUGAUCCUGCCUGUUAAAAACACCAAAGGGGCAAUUUAUGGCGGAGGAGUUCUAUUCGGCAAGCAGUUGUGUGCAGCACUGUUUAUCAUCGGGUGGAACUGGGCAUCCACUACACUCAUUCUUCUGAUAAUUCGGAUGUUGAUACCCUUACGGAUGCCCGACGAGCAGCUGAUGAUUGGGGAUGAUGCGGUGCACGGGGAGGAGGCCUACGCGCUGUGGGGGGACGGGGAGAAGUACGACUCGGCCAAGCACGGCUGGCACAACCCCGCCGCGCAUGGGGACGACUUGCCCUCCACCGGCCUAUUCGUUGGGGCAAGGGGAGUCACUAUAGAUCUCUGACAUACAUACAAUCCACAAUCUACAGUCUACAAAAUACUUACACACACGCCUAACCGUUAUUUAAUUCCAUCUAUUAAUUGCAUUUCUAUUUCUGAAUCAUCAUUAUCAUUAUGCACCUUGUCCAUAUCUCAUUAUUCAGUUUGCUUCAAUUCCAUUUGUACCUUAAUUACAUCACCAAUGAUUUGCAUGGCCUAAAAGGCAAAAUCACUUAA